AUGCAGUUCCUUCCCGGGAUCUCGCUGCUCGGGCUGGUCAUCUCGGCCUUUGCCAAGAUAUAUGAAGAUGUCUCUGCUUUGCCCACCAGGGAGUUCGACUUCGUGUUGACGUAUGUUGGAUUCACGGACACCACCAGACUGACCGAAAACUCCGCCGUGUCCGUUCUCGUGCUGGAGGCUGGUGCAUCGAAUCAGAACAUUCUUGACUCCGAGGUCCCAUUCCUUGCCUCCAAUCUGUGGGGGUCGCUCUAUGACUGGAACUAUACAACCGUUCCGCAAGUCGGUUUGGAUAACAGGACGAUUGGCUACCCUCGCGGUAAACUGUUAGGCGGAAGCAGUUCAAUAAACUUGAUGGCUUAUACAAGAGGUUCCAGUGAUGACUGGGACAAAUAUGCCGAAAUGUCAGGUGAUAUAGGAUGGUCCUGGAAAAAUAUCCAGCCCUAUGUUCGCAAGAAUGAGGGCUUAAUGCCUCCAGGGCGAUCCCCCUUUGAUCCUCGGUACGAUCCUCUGGUACAUUCGAGAAUAGGGCCGGUCGAAGUUAGCCUUCCGGAGUACUACUGGCCAUCUGAUCAUCGUGUCCUUGAGGCUGCACAAGAACUCCGCCGCGAGUUCCCAUACGGUUUGGAUGUAAAUGAUGGAGACCCCUUGGGAGUCGGCUGGAUUCAAAGCACGAUUGGAAAUGGAACUCGAAGCAGCGCUGCAACCGCAUAUCUCGGACGAGAUUUUGCAGCACGGCCCAACUUAUUUGUCUUGUUACAUGCACACGCAACUCGGAUCACGACUCAGAACGGAAGGCAAGCCCAAUCUAAUGCCGAGAUGGUCGCUGCGGCCGACAGAUCUCUUCCUAUAGGCACCCGAUACAACGUGACUGCGAGGAAGGAGAUCAUUCUCGCAGCAGGGACCUUUAACACGGCGCAGUUACUUUUGCUUUCGGGCAUUGGUGAUUCCGACGCCCUGUCGAGUCUCGGUAUUACACCCAUCCUUCACCUCCCGGAUGUAGGUCGCAGGAUGUCAGAUCAUCCUCUUGUGCCAGUCACAUGGAUAGUAAAGGAUAACAUAACAUUUGGGACGUUCCUCGGCAAUUCUACCAACUUCAAUAUCGCAUUGACCCAAUGGAAUAAAUCGCGCACCGGACCUUUCAGUUUCACUCCUCCGCAGUUAUUCGCCUGGCAGCGGGUACCAGACAAGGACACAUUUCUCCAGUCCAUCGCAGAUCCAGCUGCAGGCCCUCAUUCUGCGCAUUAUGAACUAAUUUUUGCUACACGGGAGUUGUCUCGCCGACCUCGCGUUUGUACCUUCUCUUUCGCCCAUGCCCGUUAUCUGAUCAACCUUUUCCCUACCGUGACAGGAGGCUCGAUCACAAUCAAUUCUACCGAUCCCUUCGACCCUCCGUUGAUAAACCCGAACCUCCUUGGUACGGUUACGGACGGGCAGAUCAUGAUCUAUGCGCUUAGAGCAGCUCGGAGAUUCGUCGAAACAGCUUCCGCAUGGAAAGGAUAUAUAGUGGCCGAGUCUGGAGCAUUCACCAAUGCUACUACCGAUGCUGAACUGCUUGCAUUUGCACGGCAGAACGCUAGGACAAUUUGGCAUGCGGUCGGGUCCUGUCAAAUGACACCCUACGGUGUCGCAACAGGUUGCGUUGAUCCAGAUCUCAAAGUGAAGGGAGCAAAGGGCCUACGAAUCAUCGACGGCAGUGUUCUGCCAUUCGUACCAAGCGCGCACACCCAAGUUCCUAUUUAUAUCAUUGCAGAACGCGGCUCAGACCUCAUCAAGAAAGAUUGGGGUCUGUGA